UUAUGAAAUGUUAUAUGAAACAAAACACUUCCCAUCAGAAUAGCAUUACACAUACAUAGCCUAACGUUACCGGUGGACAAGGAAUGUAUGAAAUUACAUAUUGAAAGCGGUAAAGCUGAGAAGCGCACACACAACUCUGCUGGCGCGGUUAUUUGGUGCACGUUCACAGUAAAUUAGGACAUGGUUUGCAGCUCGAUGGCCAGUUUGAGAGGAGGGAGAGGGUGAAUUGUGUUGCCUAAAUGAGAUUAAAAAAGCGGGUGGCUUCUGUUUGUUCCAAAAAGGCGUCGUAUCGGCACUGACAGCAGUGUGAAUAUCGGCGCAGAACGACGAGGCCAACUCUCACGCUCAGCUACACCGCGAAAUGUUGACGUCUAUUCUGGAGAUUCUUAUCCUACGGAUAUGUCUUCAACAGUGCGGUUUUGUACACGGAUCAAAGACAGAAUGUGAGCCCAGUCAGUUCCAGUGUGGGAACGGUCGCUGCAUCCCGUCUGUCUGGCAGUGUGACGGGGAUGAGGACUGCUCGGACGGGAGUGACGAGAACACCUGCGUUCGGAAGACCUGUGCAGAGGUGGACUUUGUCUGUCGUAAUGGCCAAUGCGUCCCCAAGAGAUGGCACUGCGACGGAGAGCCAGACUGUGAGGAUGGGUCUGACGAGCGUGUGGAAGUGUGCCACACCAGGACCUGCCAUGUGAAUGAGUUUAGCUGUGGGGCCGGGUCCACCCAAUGCAUCCCCGUCUUCUGGAAGUGUGAUGGAGAGAAGGACUGCGAUAACGGAGAGGAUGAAAUGAGCUGUGGUAACAUCACGUGCGCCUCGCUGGAGUUCACCUGUGCAAGCGGCCGCUGCAUCUCCCUUAACUUCGUCUGUAACGGGGAGGACGACUGUGGUGACGGGAGUGAUGAGCAGGAAUGUGCUCCGUCCUCCUGUGGUCCCAGCGAGUUUCAGUGUGGCAAUGCCACCUGUAUCCCUGGCAAUUGGGUCUGUGACGAUGACGUGGACUGCCAGGAUCAAUCGGAUGAGUCCCCUCAGCGAUGUGGUCGCCAACCCACGCCGCCGGCCAAAUGUUCAUCCAGCGAGACACAGUGUGGGUCUGGGGAGUGCAUCCACCGCAAGUGGCGAUGUGACGGGGACCCAGACUGCAAGGAUGGCAGCGACGAAGCCAACUGUUCUGUUCGUACCUGCAGACCGGACCAGUUCAAGUGUGAGGACGGCAACUGUAUCCACGGCAGCAGACAAUGCAACGGUUUGCGUGAUUGUGCAGAUGGCACCGAUGAAGUCAACUGCAAAAACUUGACACAGUGCAAUGGCCCUGACAAAUUCAAGUGUCGGAGUGGAGAGUGUAUAGAGAUGAGUAAAGUGUGCAACAAGGCCCGGGACUGUCCAGACUGGAGCGACGAGCCCAUCAAUGAGUGCAACCUGAAUGAGUGUCUGCUGAACAAUGGAGGCUGCUCCCACAUCUGCAGGGACAUGGUGAUUGGCUUCGAGUGUGACUGCACCCCUGGACUGCAGCUCAUAGACCGCAAGACCUGUGGCGACAUCAAUGAAUGUAUGAACCCUGGGAUCUGUAGUCAGAUUUGUAUCAACCUGAAGGGAGGUUAUAAGUGCGAGUGCCACAACAGCUACCAGAUGGACCCCACCACAGGAGUGUGCAAGGCUGUGGGCAAGGAACCCUGUCUUAUCUUCACUAACCGAAGGGACAUCCGGAAGCUGGGUCUGGAGCGGAGGGAGUACACCCAGAUUGUGGAGCAGCUGCGGAACACAGUGGCACUGGAUGCAGACUUCACCCAGCAGAGGAUCUUCUGGGCAGACCUGAGCCAGAGGGCCAUCUUUAGCACGGUGUUGGAUAAGAGAGGAGAUGUAGGAAGUCAUGUGAAGGUGAUUGAUAAUGUGACACCUGUGGGGAUCGCUGUGGACUGGAUCUAUAACAACAUCUACUGGUCAGACCUCGGCACCAAGACCAUUGAAGUGGCCAACUUCAACGGCACCAAGCGGAAAGUUCUCUUCAGCAGUGGUUUGAAAGAGCCUGCAUCCAUCGCUGUGGAUCCACUUUCUGGAUUCCUCUAUUGGUCAGACUGGGGUGAACCAGCGAAGAUUGAGAAAUCUGGUAUGAACGGGGUUGACAGGCAGGUCCUGGUCCAGACUGAUAUUCAGUGGCCCAAUGGAAUCACUCUAGACCUGAUCAAGAGCAGACUGUACUGGGUGGACUCCAAGCUGCACAUGCUCUGUAGCGUGGACCUGAACGGCGACAACCGUAGGAAAGUGCUGCAGUCCCCAGACUACCUGGCUCACCCCUUUGCGCUCACUGUGUUCGAGGAUCGAGUAUUCUGGACAGAUGGGGAAAACGAGGCGAUCUACGGAGCAAACAAGUUCACAGGGUCUGAUGUGAUUACCCUGGCAAGCAAUCUGAACGAGCCGCAGGACAUCAUUGUUUACCAUGAGCUAAUCCAGCUGUCCGGAACAAACUGGUGCAAUGAGAAGGGUCUGAACGGAGGCUGUGCCUACAUGUGCCUGCCAGCGCCACAGAUCAACAAAUACUCCCCCAAGUACACAUGUGCGUGUCCCCAAGACCAGACGCUAGCCUCAGACGCCCUUCACUGCAGACCAGCGACCACAGUGCCAAAUGUUGUCCCCAAACCUGUCCCUUCUGAAGCCAACAGCAGUACAUCCAUCCAUGAGGUGAACUUCACAGCUAGAGGAUCUACAGCUGCCUGGGCUAUCCUCCCUGUGUUGUUGCUGGCCAUGGCUGCAGCAGGAGGCUACUUGAUGUGGCGUAACUGGCAGCUGAAGAAUAAGAAGAGCAUGAACUUCGACAAUCCAGUGUACCUGAAAACCACAGAAGAGGACCUCAACAUAGAUAUCAACAGGCACACCUCCAAUAUAGGCCACACAUACCCAGCAAUAUCAGUGGUGAAUACAGAAGAUGACUUGUCAUAACCAACCUUCCAAAUUAUCCCCAUCGGUUUACUGACGCUUUGGUCUCCUUGCCAACAACCUCCGUUUCUUUAGCAGAGUUGCAUCCAGAUGCCUUCUGAAAAGCAUUAAGUUAUCAGUUCUGGGGAUGUUUGUCAUUUGUGUGAAUAUGAAUUGUGUCCUACUCCGGCUGCGUUUAGACAGGCAGCACCAUUGAAUUUUUUUACAUUUUUUAAAACAUUUUUUCACACAUUGGUAUUUUGACCAAUCAGAUCACCUCUGAAAAAUAUAUGUGAUUGAUCAAAAUACCAAUUGGUGGGGGAAAAAAGAUCAGAAUUGGCAUUCCUGUUUAAACGCAGCCUUAGUGUGUCAAGGGAUUUUGGGAGCUUGGCCUCUAUAUCCCCAUUCCUCCCUCAGCCCCAAAACAUUUCAAAGAUUCUACUACAUACAGUAGAACCUUGUGUUACUUCAGAACAUGUGUGUGGGUGGUGAUGCGGUGGACAUGUAUUAUUGUGAAUAUUUAUUUAAAAACAUACUUUAGGCAGUACUGUCAUAAAAUAUGUAUGUUUUUUUUCUUAUGAACAUUACCUCCAGAAGCACAUUCUUCUAAAUAAUUUUUAUGCGACUCUGUGCUUGGGAAGAUGAGCUCUAUUGGGAAUGUGAUGGUACUACAUCAUUUGUCAAAUAUUGUACAUAAACCCUCUUCCCCCAAGAACAGAAUCAGGACUGAAGCACUUUGAUAAAAUGUUCCGUUGUAAAUAAGAUUGUAUACAUUUUUGUAGUACCAGGGUAGAGUAAGAUGUAUUUAAAACUAGAUUUAACUUUUGUAUUUUAGGGUGUGUUUGUAAAUUCACUCUGGCUAUCUACUCUGGUUUCAGAGCACUCUUGUCAGAGCGCAGCAUAACUGAUGAAUUUACGAACACUCAACACCCGUUGAAUAUGACCUGU